CCACAUCCUGUCUGAGCUACCGGUUAUUCGUAGCGUAAAGACGUGACGUACUUUUAUUCCUAAAGGAGCACUGGCUGCUCGUUUGACCGAGUUUAAUCGUCUUGACGUUUAUAUUUUGGUUUUUUCUGGUCUCGCCUGCCUGAGGUCCUCUGCAGUGUGCGUCGGGGUGACGCAAUCCGUGCAGAGGAUGUCCAUCGCAGCCUCGAUGCAUGAUGCCAACUCUUUUCCAGACAAAGGAAGUGUUCCGGAGAGCAGAAGCUGUCUGUUUUGAUGUGGACAGCACAGUCAUCAAAGAAGAAGGCAUAGAUGAACUUGCCAAAUUUUGUGGUGUGGGGGAUGCAGUCACUGAAAUGACUCGGAAUGCUAUGUGUGGCUCAGUGACAUUUAAAACAGCCCUGACUGAGCGUCUUUCCAUCAUCCGAUGUUCCAGGGAACAAGUGAACAAACUGAUCACGGAUCACCCACCUCAGCUGACUCCAGGUAUCAGGGAGCUUGUGGACCGUCUGCACCAGCGAAACAUAAAGGUGUUCCUCAUCUCCGGUGGAUUCAGCUGCAUCGUUGAACACGUGGCCACUCAGCUAGACAUUCCCCUGCAUCAUGUUUACGCCAACCGGCUCAAGUUCUACUUCAAUGGAGAGUAUGCUGGUUUUGACGAGAGCCAGCCCACAGCCGACACUGGUGGAAAAGGAAAAGUCAUCAAUAUGUUAAAGGAGCAAUACGGCUUCAAGACUGUGGUGAUGAUUGGAGAUGGAGCGACUGAUCUAGAGGCAUGCCCUCCUGCUAGUGCUUUCAUUGGAUUCGGUGGGAACGUCAUCAGGCAUCAGAUUAAGGAAAAGUGUUCGUGGUACGUGACAAGUUUUGGGGAGCUGCUAAAGGAACUGGAAAUGAUUUAAAGAAGCUACAAGAGUACUGUUACUAAUUUUUAACAUUUUAUAUAUUGCAUCUAUGGUUGUGCCUGUUUAUUUGGUUCCUGCACAUUUUCCUUCUACUCGAUAGACUUUUAUAAUGAAUGAAAAUGUUUACAUUAGCGAGACAAAUGUUACUUUUGUACUAGAAAACACUAAAAUAAUAACACUGUUCAUGUGGAGGUUUAGAAGAUUUGAGUAUUUUUGCACAGUGUAGUCAAACCCUUUAGGUAAGCUAAUACAACUCAUGCGUAUUGUUACGCAAUGGGCAAUAUAAAUUUUAUUUCUAUGUAACCAGAGUCUGACUGUUAAGUCAUGUAAAGAAUAUCUGCAUUAAACAUGAGAACAUGCCGUCAAA